CCUUCCCCGCGCUCACGCUGAUUGCUCAACAGCCCUGGGGCUUGGGGACGAAGGUCAUUGUCACCACCAAAGUUAUUACCACCCUUGGGUGUCCUCUGAGCAGCCUCUGAGCAGCUCCGGGUGGCUCCGAGGUCCCUCCUUCCCACGCUGGUGACAGUGGCCGGGCUCCACGGUCCCAUGGAGGGGUUGUGGCUCUGCCUCUUCAUCCUCGCUGCCUUCCUUGGCCCCGCGGCCCCGCAAGAAACAAUGAAGGCCGAGCUCUGGGCACAGCCGCCGGCACCCACCAUGUACCACCAGCUGAUGCUGAUCUGCGAAGUCACCGGAGACCGCGGCCCCCAGGAGUUCCUGUGGGAGAAGCAAGGAAGCCCAGUUCCCCUGCAAAAAGGCCCCGACAGCAUCCUGCUCAUCCCCUCCUUCAACACCACCCACGUGGGCACCUACACCUGCACGGUGACCAGCACCCAGGGCAGGGCUGUGGCCACCUACACCCUGUGGACAAACGACCUGACGAGCUCGGUGUUCGUGUUCCCCCAAGAGUCCCAAACCGCCCACGUGCAGGUGACACUGGAGCUGCAGCUGCCCCUGAACAAUUUCACCGUGUGCCUGAGAUCCUUCACCGACCUCACACGGCCCUACAGCCUCUUCUCCUACGCCAGCAAAAAACAGAGCAAUGAGAUCCUCCUCUUCAAGCCCAAACCCGGCCAGUAUGAGCUUGUUGUGGGGAACAAACCCUUGGUCUUCACAGUGCCCAUAAGUCUGGGGGAGAGUGAGCACAUCUGCUUCAGCUGGGAAUCCUCCACCGGCAUCGUGGGGUUCUGGUUCAACGGGAAGCCCUGGCCGAGGAAGGGGCUGCAGAAGGGCUACACGGUGGGAGUGCCGGCCUACAUCGUGCUGGGACAGGACCAGGACAGCUUUGGAGGCGGUUUUGAUGCCCAGCAGUCCUUUGUAGGGGAGAUUUCGUCCGUGUACAUGUGGGACACGGGGAUCUCCAACUUGGGGGUGAGGUCGGCCAUGUACGACAGUCCCGACCAAACCCCCAUCUUUGGCUGGAGGAACUUUCCCUACAAGAUUGUGGGUGAGGUGUACCUGAAGCCCUGAGGCUGUGGGGAGUGUCCCCAAUCCCUGCUAUGUAACCCCCUCUCCUUCCCAAAGCCACCCAACAUCAUGUAAAUGGAAAAAUGGGUUUUUAUGGUGCUGGUGGUCUUUGGGGGUGGGGGAGUGGGUUGAAGCCCACCAAGACACUGUGGACCUCAGGUGAUGGAUCCAGGCUCAGAAGCUCCUUAGGGUGAGGGGGCAAAGGGGGGAAGGCUCCCAACCCAGGCCUUGCUCUGGUUUGGGGACAUGGGGACAGGGCAGUCCUGAGGGAUAUGUGCACCCCUGGCAGCCCCCAGGCAUGGUGAGGCUGGGGUUGGGGCAGAACCCAGGGGGUGAGGACUGCUGGGGGGCAGCCCUGGGACAGCCCAGUGUCCCCAAGCUCAGGGAGGUUCAGUCCCACGUCCCUGGGGGUUCAGUCACAGAGCCCCACAUCCUGGUGGGGCACAGUCCCAUGUCCUGGGGAAUUCAGACCCAGAGCUCUGGGGGUUCAGCCCUGGAGCCUUUGGGGAGUUCAGCCUUGGAGCCCCAGGGGUUCCAACUCUGUAUCCCAGGGAUUCAGCCCUGUAUCCCACAAAUGUCCAGCUGGUGCAGUCUUGGAAUCCCAAGGUGUUCAGCCCCCUGUCCUGAAGUCCGUGUC